AUGCAAACAGACGAAGGAGAAUAUGAAUUUACUGCAAGCACAUUGGAUACUCCAUCAUUGAUAACACCAAAUAUUGUUUUAAAUCCAUCAAUAUAUAAACCAACAUUUAAUUCAACAGAUACAGAUGCUUCAUCUAAUAAUGCAAAUUCUACAAUAUCAAAUCCAGCUUCAAUAGCAACGACAACAACAGGUGAAACAUCUUCAACAGAAGAAUCAUCAGCUGAUGUAAAAGUAUUAAAAAUUGAAGAUGAACUUAAACAAAGUCUUGGUGAACCACGUAGACCAACUCAAUCACCAUUUGCAAAAAUAUCAUCAUCGAAUAGUUUUACUGUAGAAAAACCAUCUAAUGUCAUAACAAAUGAUGAUGGAUCAACUAUUGAAAUCCCAUCAACAGCAGAUGUUGUUAAAGAAUUAGAAGCAUUGACAAAUACAAAUCCAUUUCAAUAUCCAAUAAAAGCCUUAAUCAAUGGAAAUAAUGAACGUGAAACAACAACAGCCAUAAUAAACAGUGAUAAUAUACGUUAUGAUUCACCUCCAACAGUAAAUAUGGGUGUUAUUGUAUCUCCUAAAAAGAAACUUCUUAUACGAAGUCAAUCCCAUACAGAGCCAACAUCACCCGUACACAAUAAUAAUAAUAAUAAUAAUAAUCAUUCUCAAUCUCAGAAAAACAAUAAUGAUAAUAGUAUUUCAAAUACACAAAAUAGUCUUGAUGAUGAAAAUUCAACAGAUGAUUCUGGUAAUCAUUCUUUUACGCGUCUAUCAGAUUUAUCAACAGUGACACAUCCAAGUGAUUCAAAUAAUAUUAAUAAUAAUAAUCCACAAUUUAAAUCUGUAAUCAAUAAUGGAAAUGAACAAAGUUUAAAUAUACAAUUAAGAAUGGAUCAAAAUGGAGUAUCUCAUCCACUUAUUAAACAACAAGCACAAAUUAUACUUAAUAAUGUAAAUCAUAAUAAACGACCAUAUCAACAGACUAAUACUGGUAAUCAUCUUACACCACUAACAAAAGCAAAUACACUUAUCAUUCCUCAACCAUCAUUAAAUGAAGUAACAUCAACGGAUUUAUCACCAAAUGCUAAACGACAAAAAGGUGCACAAAUGCCAGUAAAUUCAUCAUCGAUGAAUUUUCGUUCAUCGUUUCCAUCCGCCGCGUCUGGAACAGUAACACAUCCAUUACCAACAACAACGACAACUAAUGGCUCAAAUAUGAAUGUUGGUUCUGAAGAUCAACGUAAAAAGCAAAUUCGUGAUAGUAAUCGUGAAGCAGCACGACGUUGUCGAGAACGUCGUCGACAAUAUAUUGAACAACUUGAAGGAACUUUAGAAAAUUAUAAAACACAAAUAAAACAAUUAACUGAAAAAUUAAAUCGUGUUGAUCGUGAAAAUACUCAAUUACGAACUAUACUUUCUGAAACAAAAAUUCCUUAUCGAACAUCAGGUCUUUCACUGAGUGAAGGACAUGUUGAAUAUAGGAAUGUUAUUGCAGCAACUGCAGUUGAUCUUAAUUCCGAAUCAAAUCAUCAAAAUGACGGAGGAGCCUUAUCAAGAACUUAUAUUAAUCGAAAUAAUCUUUAG